GCAGACGCGCAGGAAACCGCGGCGGAGUGACGCCUCCCGCCUUUCUUCUCCUCUAUGGGUCACAUGACAGAGCUGGGUGAACCUCCUGACUGGCCGCUCCGCCGCUGAUCCUCCGCCUCUCCGCUCUGUUCUCGCUGUGUGUGUCUGCGUUGCCUUUAGCUGCCGUCAGGACCGACGCGGACAUGGCGGACGCAGCCAACCCUCCACCGCUGCAGACGGACUUCCAGGAGCUGGAGGACGGGGAGGACCUGUUCCCGGAGCCGAGCGCCACACAAGAGUCAGGACCAGCCAGUCUGCCGGCUCAGGACAUCAGCACCAACUCAAAUGGACCCAAACAAGACUCGCUGUUUGAUGACGACCCCGAUGACCUGUUUGCAGAGGCCACAGAGGAGGUUUCUCUGGACAGUCCGGAGAGAGACGUUCUGCUGUCUGACGGCCCGUCGCCCGCCAUCACCCCCAUCACCCCCCCCACCUGCGUCAUCGGUCCUCACAUUGGCCACGACGACUUGUUCACACACUCAUCCUUUGACGAGAUUGAAGAGGAGGAGGGCGGCGACUCAUUUGACAUACACAUAUCAGUGUCUGACCCUGAGAAAGUUGGUGACGGGAUGAACGCCUUCAUGGCCUACAAGGUGACGACCAAGACGUCCAUGUCUGUGUUUAAGCGGAACGAGUUUUCAGUAAAGCGACGUUUCAGUGACUUUCUGGGUCUGCACAGUAAGCUGGCCUCCAAGUACCUGCACAUAGGCUACAUCAUCGUCCCCCCGGCGCCAGAGAAAAGCAUUGUGGGGAUGACCAAGGUGAAGGUGGGGAAGGAGGAUCAGUCGUCCAACGAGUUCGUGGAGAAGAGGAGGUCGGCGCUGGAGAGGUACCUGAUGAGAACAGUGAAGCACCCGGUUCUGCUGAAGGAUCCUGACGUGCUGCAGUUUCUGGAGAGCUCAGAUCUGCCUCGGGCCGUCAGCACCCAGGCCUUGAGCAGCGCCGGGCUGCUGCGGAUGGUCAACAAGGCAGCGGACGCCGUCAACAAGAUGACUAUCAAGAUGAACGAGUCGGACGCGUGGUUCGAGGAGAAGCAGCAGCAUUUUGAGAACCUGGACGUUCAGCUGAGGAAGCUCCACGGCAGCGUGGAGGCGCUGGUCUGCCACCGCAAAGAGCUGUCGGUGAACACGGCGCAGUUCGCCAAGUCGGCGGCCAUGUUGGGGAACAGCGAGGACCACACGGCGCUGUCCCGGGCCCUGUCCCAGUUGGCCGAGGUGGAGGAGAAGAUCGACCAGCUGCACCAGGACCAGGCCAACGCAGACUUCUACCUCUUCUCUGAGCUGCUGGGAGACUACGUCCGCCUCAUCACCGCCGUCAAGGGUGUGUUCGACCAUCGCAUGAAGACGUGGCAGAAGUGGCAGGAUGCUCAGAUGCUCCUGCAGAAAAAACGAGAAGCAGAAGCCAAACUGCAGUUCACCAACAAACCAGACAAGCUCCAACAGGCCAAGGAAGAGAUCAAGGAGCUGGAGAUGAAGGUGCAACAAGGAGAGAGAGACUUCGAACAAGUCUCCAAAACCAUCCGCAAAGAGGUCAGCAGGUUUGAGAAAGAACGAGUGAAGGACUUUAAGACGAUUAUCAUCAAAUACCUGGAGUCGCUGGUUCAGACACAGCAGCAGCUCAUAAAGUACUGGGAGGCCUUCUUACCUGAGGCCAAGGCCAUCUCCUAGACAACACUACAAUACCCACAAUGCACCGGUCGCCCUGGGCCUUCCACCCCGUCCGGUUCAUUUCCAGAGAGAAGAGAAGUUUGGAACUAAAUCAGCUCAAAGUUCCUUUACUACGUACUUUUGUUUUUCUGCUGCGUUCAGGUGCCAUGGGAAUAACAGAGAAUCCUAUUUGACUUGAACGCAGCAGGAGUUAAAUCAGGACGCUCCUUGUCUCUUUUCACUUUCACAUUUAAACCAGGCUAACGGGAAGAUGGGAGCGUUUGGAGGUGUGUUUAUGUGGUGCAUCAGAAAGUGAGAACAUCCCAUCCUAUCCAGUGUAAGAGACCACUUUAUUUAGCUUAAAAUGCAGAACAGGGCAGGCUCCCGUACGUUGCCCCUCGCUGGAGGUUGGUUCCUCUGCACCACUGAUGAUUGGGUGAUUACACUGGGCUCCCUGGGAAAUGUGGUUUUCUUUUUAAUGAUUCCUUUUAUGAAGUUUAGAGUUUUAAAACCGAGACUGUGAAAACGGUUUCCUGAACGCAGCACGCAGCUUCCAGCCACGUCUCUAUUAGCCGACAAAUUUAAGUCAUAACAUUUUUACAUUUUCCUUCAUGCUGCAUGAUCGCUGUGCUGUGAAACUGAUCUGGAGUCAGCGACGAUGGACGACUGACUGCAUCCUCCCUUUCAGUGUCCUGUACUCACGUUCUCUCACUUCCCUUCAUGCCUUUCAAAACAAGAGGCCUCGUAGUUGUUGCUUUAUGAUCGCGAGUGAAGGCAACGUUUUCUGAUGUUUUCUGUUUGAGCCCGUGAGCAGAGAAGAAUUCAACGUGUCCUGGUUCCUUCAUCCAAACAAGCUGAAGAUUAUCAGAUUAACACUAAAUCUGACCAGCAGCAUCUGCUGCUCGUUCGCUGCAUGGAGGCGAAUGAAGUGACGCUGAGCCUUGAGUCACACACAUGAAACCUUGUUUUUCACCGUCUCUGCUGUUGUUUUGUUCAUGUUUGUCAGCUCGAGUACAAAUCUGCCCUUUUCCACCGUGACUAGAUUAUAGGUGAUUUGUUUUACCUGGACAUAUUUCCAUGACCAUCAUACUCCGUAUUGAUUCUGCCUUUUGUAUUUGAUUCCAUGUGUUCCACCUGAUGUGCAAUGGUUCCAUUUGAAGAACGUUUAAUUUUUUUAAUUUGCUUUGCCUGAGUUGUUGCCUGUCCAGUUCCUGCAGCAGAGCAGACGUUUGAUUAAAUAAACGAAUGUAUCUCA